AUGCCGUCCAUGCACGAACGUAUCCGCGAGGACCUCCUCAAUAAAGAGCGCGCGCUCUGGACCGCCCUUACAUCCGCCGAUCCAGCACCUGCGAUUUUCAAACUCAGUAACCCCGAAGCAAACUUCAUGUUCCCUCGACGGGAGAUCCUCACAUUCGAAGACGAAGAAGAGUUCAAGCGCAUGGUGCGACCACCUUUCCACCGAUUCGAUGCCUACCAGUUUGAACAAGUCCGCGUCAUCAUUGUUGAUUUGAUGGCCGGCGUGGUCACAUGCAAAGUCCGCGCUGUGAGAGGAAAGAAGGAAUACAUCGCUUCAUCCUCAACAACUUGGAGCCAAGGCUCUGACGGGGAGUGGACGCUGGCUGCACACCAAGAAACAUUGCUGUGA